GUGUCCAGUCUGGAGCAGCAGGUGGCCAGGGUGCAGUACCCUCCCCUGGGGCUCCGAGCUGCCCUGCCUCCCCAGCCAGACCUUGCAUACCUCACUAGCCUUCCACAGCCUCUCCCACACAGGACAAAAGGGGAGAGGGGAUGUGGGAGAGAGGGAGGGAGGGUGUGUUGGAGAAAGGAGGUGGAGGAGAGAGGAAUGGAGGUGGGAGGGAUGGAGAAAAUAGUUGUGGAGGAGGGACGGGUGGAAGCGUUAAAGAGAAAGGGAAGGGAGGACAGAUAUAAAGGAGAGCGGUAGCCACGGAGGAGUGAAAAGUCAGCAUAGUUUGAAAGGUGUAGAUGGUGUAUAGGUAUUUUUCCAUAGCAUGUAUUGUGGAAUAUAAGACAGCAAACAUAAUCAUUAUAUACAAUUAUGGGUUUAAAGGAGUUUGCUAUAUACAGUGGCUAGCCAAAGUAUUCACCACUUGGCAUUUUUCCUAUUUUGUUGCCUUACAACCUGGAAUUAAAAUUGAUUUUUUGUGGGUUUGUAUCAUUUGAUUUACACAUCAUGCUAAACAAACAAGAAAUAAGACCAAAAAAAAACACUGGGAUUUUUGCCCAUCAUUCAAUUCUGACCAGUUUCCCAGUCCCUGCCGAUGGAAAAACAUCCCCACAGCAUGAUGCUGCCACCACCAUGCUUCACUGUGGGGAUGGUGUUCUCGGGGUGAUGAGAGGUGUUUGGUUUGCGCCAGACAUAGCGUUUUCCUUGAUGGCCAAAAAGCUCAAUUUUAGUCUCAUCUGACCAGAGUACCUUCUUCUAUAUGUUUGGGGAGUUUCCCACAUGGCUUUUGGCGAACACCAAACGUGUUUGCUUAUUUAUUUAUUUAAGCAAGGGCUUUUUUCUGGCCACUCUUCUGUAAAGCCCAGCUCUGUGGAGUGUACAGCUUAAAGUGGUCCUAUGGACAGAUACUCCCAUCUCCACUGUGGAGCUUUGCAGCUCCUUCAGGGUUAUCUUUGGUCUCUUUGUUGCCUCUGAUUAAUGCCCUCCUUGCCUGGUCUGUGAGUUUUGGUGGGCGGCCCUCUCUUGGCAGGUUUGUUGUGGUGCCAUAUUCUUUUAAAACAUUUAAUAAUGGAUUUAAUGGUGCUCUGUGGGAUGUUCAAAGUUUCUGAUAUUUUUUUAUAACCCAACCCUGAUCUGUACUUCUCCACAACUUUGUCCCUGACCUGUUUGGAGAGAUCCUUGGUCUUCAUGGUGCCGCUUGCUUGGUGCUGCUUGCUUAGUGGUGUUGCAGACUCUGGGGCCUUUUAGAACAGGUGUGUGUGUAUAUAUACUGAGAUCAUGUGACACUUAGACUGCACACAGGUGGACUUUAUUUAACUAAUUAUGUGACUUCUGAAGGUAAUUGGUUGCACCAGAUCUUAUUUAGGGGCUUCAUAGCAAAGGGGGUGAAUACAUUUGCACGCACCACUUUUCCGUUAUUAUUUUAUUUUAUUUCACUUCACCAAUUUGGGCUAUUUUCUGUAUGUCCAUUACAUGAAAUCCAAAUAAAAAUCAAUUUUAAAUUACAGGUUGUAAUGCAACAGAGUAGGAAAAACGCCAAGGGGGAUGAAUACUUUUGCAAGGCACUGUAAUCCUAUAAUAAUUCACAAAUAUGUACUUAUAUUAUUUUUUAAGAAACUGGUGAAAUCACGCCACCAAUAUAGUGGUUAGUGUCAGAAAGGAGGGGAAACCAAAGCAGAAUUGGGUGUGAACGAGAGUAAACGGGAUAAAGAGAUAAUAUUGGCGAACUGCUAGAGGAUGUUGGUCAUUAACAUAAAGAGAAGGGACUAUGAAUGUUAUGCAAUCAUGUAACUGUAUAAAAAGAGAUCUCCGAGUCUGGGACCGGCAGUUGCUCAGCGGACCAGCUCGGCUUGUUACUUUGUAAUAAAGUCUCUUCUGAACUCACAAGCUCCAGUGUCUGAGAGAUAUCUUUGAGAAGUAGUUCCACGACAGGUGUAGAUGUUGGCUCUGUAUCUCUACUAUCUGCCUAACACUUGAUCACAUUAUAUCAUCAUCCCAUGGAUGUUCUGGAUCGAUGUGAUUUUGGCCUUUUUUAGAGGUGUUGAAUGAAUCUCACUGCUAUUUUAAAGUAUCUUACUUGAAACCUGUCACAGUGAUAAUACAGUACAUACUACAUGCUGCUGUUUUGUACUGCCGACUGCAUAGUAUCCACCAGUAGCUUGCCGCCCUGACUCAGUUGACUAGUUUCACACAGUAGGUAGAAGUCACCCGUAUGUUUGAGUUGACACACACUCUGCUGUUUGUGAGAGACUGGCAUAGUGUUGUUAGAUCAUUGAUGAACUACAGAUACUAGUAAGGAAGCAGUGUGUGCUAAGUAGCUAUUUGUACACCCUCUCAAAGACCAUUUACACAGGAACACCACCUAGCACAGCCGCACACUGACAAAAACCUCUCACAUACAGUACUACCCUCUCUCUGUUUCUGUCUGUUUGUCUCUCUCUCUCUUCCCCCCCUUCGCUCUUUCUCUCUCGCUUUCUUUCUCUCUCUCUCUCCCCCUCGCUCUUUCUCUUCUCUCUCACUCACUCACUCACUCACUCACUCACACACACUGUUGAACAGUUUGUGAGAACAGAGCCAUCAACUUAUUUUGGUUCCCAAUUAUUUAUUCUCCCUCCAUUCUUGCACGUCAUCUUGUGCCAAUGUGUUAUGACUAAGUUAUAACUGAAUGAUCCAUCACUCUCUGGGACAGUUCUUGGAAUGUUACUGUUGUUUACGACAGACAGUGGAAUGUCUGCUCUAGGGAGGGAUCAACCAAUGUCUUACUCUUCAGUACGCGCAAAGUUCUUUUUCAUUGGUUAUUAUUGGCAUUUCUGGUUGUUUCUGUGGCUAGGAGUCACUUUUCUCUGUCCAGUAAUCGAAAAGGGAGUAACUGAUUAUUUAAAAAAACUGUACCUGUAAUCAGUUACAUUACCAGCAAAAAUAUUGUAAUCUGAUUAGAGAUGCUUUUGAAAAACUAGAUUACUUUUUGGAUUACAUUUAAAUUCAGAAAGGAUGUUUGUGAAAAAAUACAUUAUGACACCUGUCUGUUUUCUCAAUGACAUUCAAUUCAGCAUUGAAAAAAGGAGCAAGUUUAAGUUUGUUCCACCUGAGCGAGUCUGACCACAAGUCAGAGACCACUAUGAUGACACCAAAUGAUGACCACCUAUCAGAGACCACUAUGAUGACCACCAAUCAGAGACCACUAUGAUGACACCAAAUGAUGACCACCAAUCAGAGACCACUAUGAUGACACCAAAUGCUUUUGAUGGAUCCUUUUUGUCUUCUUCUAAUGCAUUUUUAAGGGGAAAGUAAUCAGAUUGCAUUCAUGAGUUUGGGUAAUCCAAAAGUUACGUUACUGAUUACAAUUUUGGACAGGUAACUGUAACGAAUUAUAUUUAGAAAGUAACCUACCCAACCCUGCCAGUAGAAUUUCAGGGUCCGGGGUUGUUGAGUUUGUUCUCUGAUUCAAAAGACAUGCACUUUGUCACGCAACGAUUUUUCAGUUAGGAUCAGGAAGAGAGGUGAUGUUUAUGGGUCCUACUACCAUAGGCUAAGGUGGUCAAACAAAUCUAUUUCUCUUGACUACAUGUCAUCAUUAUUCCCAGAGAUGUGGAAACCUAUCUAUUAACUGGAUGGAUGGAGCCUGGCGACUUUCCCUGGUCUGGGAUAAUACCACUAGUCUAUUUCUGUUGCUUCAUGCAUAAAUCAGAAGAACUGGUCUGAGAACAGCAGCACAGUAGUUUAGUGAUGUUAUCUUGUCCUGCUGUGACAGCGAGCUGUACAGUUAUUGCAGUGCAGAUUACCCCACCUUCUGCCUGUGUUAGUUUGUCUAUUGCUAUUGGCACAGGUCUGUGUAUUGUCUGUCUGCACAUGUGCAGUCCUGCGUUUUGGCCUGCUUCUCUUUUUGUCCAGAAUGACAUCAAUAUGGUUUGAGUGACGGGACACAUGGAACUCCUCUGGCCGUGCUAUAACGUCUGUCAGAGAGUCUCGCACACACAGCUGUAAUCCAGCUUGUGACACUCAAAGAUCCCUUUGAAAUGAGCCCCCUUCAGAUGUUCCUGUGGCAGUUAGGGCCCAAGGCAAUAUAUAUAUAUAUAUAUAUACACACAAACACACACACGGUAACACAAACCUGAACUUUAUUAUUACGUAAUAAGCAUUUUACUAGUUCUCUAUUGCAUAUGACCCCUAUCUCUCUCUUUUCUCUAUGCCAUAGCCCUAUAUUUUCUCCCUCCCUCAUUCCUCUCUGAUUUUCCAUUUUCUCCCAUUUUUCCCAAGGCUGUUUCUUAUAUCUCCAUUCUAUCUCCUCUGUACUAAAUGUCCCCUUGUUGUCCCCCACGUUGAAAUCAGGGAAGGGACUGUGGAUCUGUCUCCGUCCGUUAAUACGUUAGUUCUUACAUUAGUAACACGCGAUAUCUCAGAUAGCACUGGCCCGAUUUUGACAAAACUUGGUUGAAGGAUGCUGCUAAAUUUGGUACGCAUGUUGCAAACACUGUCAAGAUUUAACAUAUGCAGGAACAUUCAUAUCGACUUCACGGUAGUGCUAUAACGGGCACAUGUUUAUAUCUCUUGAUCUAUUUGACUCAGUGAUGACAUUUGCACAGAUGCUCAGGGAUAUGAGUCUAGCUAACCCAGGCUAUACAGUGGGGAGAACAAGUAUUUGAUACACUGCCGAUUUUGCAGGUUUUCCUACUUACAAAGCAUGUAGAGGUCUGUAAUUUUUAUCAUAGGUACACGUCAACUGUGAGUGACGGAAUCUAAAACAAAAAUCCAGAAAAUCACAUUAUGGUUUUUAAGUAAUUAAUUUGCAAUUUAUUGCAUGACAUAAGUAUUUGAUCACCUACCAACCAGUAAGAAUUCCGGCUCUCACAGAUCUGUUAGUUUUUCUUUAAGAAGCUCUCCUGUUCUCUACUCAUUACCUGUAUUAACUGCACCUGUUUGAACUCGUUACCUGUAUAAAGGACCCCUGUCCACACACUCAAUCAAACAGACUCCAACCUCUACAAUGGCCAAGACCAGAGAGCUGUGUAAGGACAUCAGGGAUAAAAUUGUAGACCUGCACAAGGCUGGGAUGGGCUACAGGACAAUAGGCAAGCAGCUUGGUGAGAAGGCAACAACUCUUGGCGCAAUUAUUAGAAAAUGGAAGAAGUUCAAGAUGACGGUCAAUCACCCUCGGUCUGGGGCUCCAUGCAAGAUCUCACCUCGUGGGGCAUCAAUGAUCAUGAGGAAGGUGAGGGAUCAGCUCAGAACUACACGGCAGGACCUGGUCAAUGACCUGAAGAGAGCUGGGACCACAGUCUCAAAGAAAACCAUUAGUAACACACUACGCCGUCAUGCAUUAAAAUCCUGCAGCACACACAAGGUCCCCCUGCUCAAGCCAGCGCAUGUCCAGGCCCGUCUGAAGUUUGCCAAUGACCAUCUGGAUGAUCCAGAGGAGGAAUGGGAGAAGGUCAUGUGGUCUGAUGAGACAAAAAUAGAGCUUUUUGGUCUGAACUCCACUCGCCGUGUUUGGAGGAAGAAGAAGGAUGAGUACAACCCCAAGAACACCAUCCCAACCGUGAAGCAUGGAGGUGGAAACAUCAUUCUUUGGGGAUGCUUUUCUGCAAAGGGGACAGGACGACUGCACCGUAUUGAGGGGAGGAUGUAUCGCGAGAUCUUGGCCAACAACCUCCUUCCCUCAGUAAGAACAUUGAAGAUGGGUCGUUGCUGGGUCUUCCAGCAUGACAACGACCCGAAACACACAGCCAGGGCAACUAAGGAGUGGCUCCGUAAGAAGCAUCUCAAGGUCCUGGCGUGGCCUAGCCAGUCUCCAGACCUGAACCCAAUAGAAAAUCUUUGGAGGGAGCUGAAAGUCCGUAUUGCCCAGCAACAGCCCCGAAACCUGAAGGAUCUGGAGAAGAUCUGUAUGGAGGAGUGGGCCAAAAUCCCUGCUGCAGUGUGUGCAAACCUGGUCAAGACCUACAGGAAAUGUAUGAUCUCUGUAAUUGCAAACAAAAGUUUCUGUACCAAAUAUUAAGUUCUGCUUUUCUGAUGUAUCAAAUACUUAUGUCAUGCAAUAAAAUGCAAAUUAAUUACAUAAAAAUCAUACAAUGUGAUUUUCUGGAUUUUUGUUUUAGAUUCCGUCUCUCACAGUUGAAGUGUACCUAUGAUAAAAAUUACAGACCUCUACAUGCUUUGUAAGUAGGAAAACCUGCAAAAUCGGCAGUGUAUCAAAUACUUGUUCUCCCCACUGUAUCUCAGACACCACUGGCCCGAUGUUGACGAAACUUUGGUGACUGAUGAGUCUUGCCAUAGAAAUUACACUGAUUGACCCAAGAGGGGCACUGGAUCGUUCAAGGGGGACGCAAUGUUUAAUGUUGCCUUGUUCUAUAUGUAUCUCUCAAUGUCUGUCUUUCUCUGUCCUCCCUCCCUCCCUCCCUCCCUCCCUCCUUUCCUCCCCUAGAGACAGCAGCAUUGGAGGAGGCAGGAUGGGCUGGGCUGAGCUCUCCUGGUUCCUGCUGAGUAAUAGGGAGACAUUUCUCUUGAUUUAUAAUUGGUUCUAUUCACUCUGAUGUAUGAGCUGCCAAAGGAGCUAGGGGCCCCUUCCACUCCCCUCCUCCCUUUCUCUUUCCCCUCCCUCAUCUCUCUUUCCCCUCCCUCCCUCCCUCCAAUGCAGCCCUGGAAGAACUCACAGGGAGUAGGUUGUAUGUGCAAAUGUACAUGGGUGUAUGCACAUGUGUGUUUUAUCACUCUUUUGUUGCUGCAAAUUUUCCUGCACAGCAGGAAAUGCAAACUUGUAGUGUAUUUAAGUUUUAUAAAGGUUUCUAAAGUUUGUCAUUUCCACUUUGACAUUUCAGACUUGACUUGCCCUAAUGAAAAAUGUAUCAACCCCUACAAAAAUGUAUAUUAAUUAUAAUCCACAUAAUAAUUCAAAUGUUCUGUGGAUGCAGGAUUAUUUUCCUGCUGUAGCAAACUGGCUCAAAUUUAAGAUCCUACAUCUGUAUGUAUAAUCCAUUAGUGAUGGGGGAAAAAAUCGAUACAGUUACAUGUCGGGAUAUUUCUUUUAAUGAUAUUGUAUCGUUUUGACUAUUGCAAUAUAAUGGUGAGCAAUUUGUUAUGGUGAGCAAUAUGUUUGAAACAACAUCAAAUCACAAUAAAAUCACAGUAUCGAAUCACAAUACAUAUAGAAUCGUGAGAAUCGCAAUACACAUUGUAUUGGCACCUAAGUAUGUUGAUAACAUCGUAUCGUGAGGUCCCUGGCAAUUCCCAGCCCUAUAAUCCAUAUACCGUGCAUUCAGAAAGUAUUCAGACCCCUUCCCCUUUUGCACAUUUUGUUACGUUACAGCCUUAUUCUAAAAUUUAGUAAAUGAACAUUUCCCCUCAUCAAUCUACACACAAUAACUCAUAAUGAGAAAGCAAAAGCAUGUUUUUAGAAAUGUUUGCAAGUGUAUUAAAAAUAAGUAUUCAGACCCUUUGCUAUGAGACUCGAAAUUGAGCUCAGGUGCAUCCUGUUUCCGUUGAUCAUCCUUGAGAUGUUUCUACAACUUGAUUGGAGUCCACCUGUGGUAAAUGCAAUUGAUUGGACAUGAUUUGAAAAGGCACACACCUGUCUAUAUAAGGUCCAACAGAUGACAGUGCAUGUCAGAUCAAAAACUAAUCCAUGAGGUCGAAAGAAUUGUCCGUAGAGCUCCGAGACAGCAUUGUGUCAAAGCACAGAUCUGGGGAAGGGUACCAAAAAAUGUCUGCAGCAUUGAAGGUUCCCAAGAACACAGUGGCCUCCAUCAUUAUGAAAUGGAAGAAGUUUGGAACCACCAAGACUCUUCCUAGAGCUGGCCGCCCGGCCAAUCUGAGCAAUCGGGGGAGAAGGGCCUUGGUCAGGGAGGUGACCAAGAACCCGAUGGUCACUCUGACAGAGCUCCAGAGUUCUUCUGUGGAGAUGGGAGAACCUUUCAGAAGGACAACCAUCUGUGCAGCACUCCACCAAUCAGGCCUUUAUGGUAGAGUGGCCAGACGGAAGCCACUCCUCAGUAAAAAGCACGACAGCGCCAUCCCUACGGUGAAGCAUGGUGGUGGCGGCAUCAUGCUGUGUGGUUGUUUUUCAGCGGCAGGGACUGGGAGACUAGUCAGGAUUGAGGGAAAGAUGAACGGAGCAAGGUACAGAGAGAUCCUUGAUGAAAACCUGCUCCAGAGCGCUCAGGACCUCAGACUGGGGCGAAGGUUCACCUUCCAACAGGACAACUGCCCUAAGCACACAGCCAAGACAACACAGGAGUGGCUUCGGGACAAGUCUCUGAAUGUCAGUACACAGCCCGGACUUGAACCCGAUCUAACAUCUCUGGAGAGACCUGAAAAUAGCUGUGCAGCGACGCUCCCAACCCAACAGAACAGAGCUUGAGAUGAUCUGCAAAGAAGAAUGGGAGAAACUCCCCAAAUACAGGUGUGCCAAGCUUGUAGCGUCAUACCCAAGACUCAAGGUUGUAAUCGCUGCCAAAUGUGCUUCAACAAAUUACUGAGUAAAGGGUCUGAAUACUUAUGUAAAUGUGAUAUUUCCGUUUUUAAUUUAGUAUAAAUUUGAAACAAAUUAUAACCUGUUUUUGCUUUGUCAUUAAAGGUUGUAACGUAACAAAAUGUGGAAAAAGUGAAGGGGUCUGUAUACUUUUCCGAAUGCACUGUACAUGGCUGUACAUAAAUAGGAUCUUUAUUUGAUCCAAUUUCCUACAGCAGGAAAAUAAUUAUGCAGGAACAGGAAAUGUGAAUUGUUGUUAUUAUUUAUUAUUAUGUGGAUUGUAAAUAAUGGAAAUUUUUUGUAGGGGUUGAUAGAUUUUUCUUUAGGGUGAAUAAAGUCUGACAUUUUAAAGUGGAAAUUACAAACUUUAGAAGCCUUUUUAAACCUUGAAAACACUAAGUUUGCAUUUCCUGCUGUGCAGGAAAAUUCUCAGCAACAAAAGAGUGACCAAAUUAAGAUCCAACAUUUGUAUGUUUGUUAGGUUAAUUUUUUGAGUAUUGGAUUGGUCUUGUUUUUUACAGUCUAUAAGGAAACAUUUCAUUUUUGGAGUUAGCUUGCUUCAGGGGUUUUCAUUUUUGGAUGCCUCUGUGAGAAUACUUUUACUAUGUGACGACGCCAGUCUGGGGGUGUGUGUGUGCACUGUAAAAAAAUAAUAUAUGUUUAUUCAACAUACAUUUCUAAGGCUGCCAUAGCAUUGUGAGUUUGCUUAACAAACAUUUUGUUGAGCAAACUCACAACAAAAAGUUUGUGAAUCAACAUGCAAUGCAGAUGUAGAAGCACAUAUUAAAGGCUCUUCAUGCUUAUGAAGUUAACUACAGUGUUCUAUUUGGACGCUGUUUAAGUUGUUUUUGUCCUUUUGCAUGUGGUAUGACAAAAGCACUAACUUCUAGUUUAUAGCUCAUUAUUAUCAUAGAUACACACACACCUGUAAACACACAAGCUGCAACACACACACUUUGAUUCCUUCACUACUUAAAUCUGUGAUAGCAAAAUACUUUGAAUAUUUUAUUUUUUUGAAUGAUUCUUAAAGAAUAUAACUUAUAAAUACCUAAUGAGCUUAGUUCGACUGUCAUACCCCAUCAGGACUAAAAUAUAAACUUGGUUUACUCGAUUGUUUGUAAAAUAAAUAUGUAAUUGUAAACAAACACUGUAUAACCUCAAAACAUGGUAAAAUGUAUAAUUUUGAUAAAAUGGAAGGUCAGUCCUUACAUCCAUAGCUGUGUCUAUGAUUUGAGUGGUUACAUUUCUCCACCUCCAUCUUUUUACCAAAACAGUGGCAGGGUAUUACUUCAUUGUUGUUUGAACAGCAGAUUGCCCCUUUAACAUAUCGGCCUAGUAAAGUCUUUAUGAAGACAUUCAUCCUCUCAUCCCAACCUGUUGCAUGCUUAUUAACUAUGUGUGUCUGUAGAGGAAGUCAUGCCCAGGGGGGUAGUGGGUAGGGCUCAGUCAGGUGGUGCUAGUUCCCAUGGCCCGGGAGGACACACAGGCAGACAUCCAUCCAGCGUCCGUCAGGGGCAGGAAGGAAUGUGGGCGUGGCGGUAUGUGUUAGUUAGCCAUGGCAUUAUGAAUGCUGCCGGAGCACCAUAAUUAGCGUUGGCUAGUUAAUUCUGCCUCGUUAUAUAAAAUAUGCAAAUGCAGUGGUGCCUAAUUGAUUAGAGCCCCCUCCGGGCCUGGCUUGAUCUCACUCGUUAAUCCCCGAGAUGGCCUGGUGCUCGUUAGCGUGGAUGGAAUGAUGGGGUGGAUGGGCUGUGGGGGGGGGGGGGGGUAGCUCACUAAUACUUUGAAGGGUGUGGGGGGGUCCCUACCUCGUUGGAUUAUGCUUUUGAUGUGUAAUUUCUGCGGCAUUGGAGCGGUUGAUGUCUGGAGAUGUUGAGAUGGGGUUUGUGGGUGCUCAGCUCAGAGAGAGUGGUAUGAAUGGUGCGUGGCAGGCUGGGUUCCACCUGCUGGAGCGGGAUCAUCUGCCAACCUCAGACCUCACCAGGGGCAUGUUCAGGAGGGCACAACGUUCUGAUGGAAAUGCCUUGUAAAGAGCAGCUAACAUAUUAAUUCCCUAAUCUACAUGACAUAGACUUGUGUGUGUCCUAUGUACCUAAUACCUAUCUGAACGUUUUAUAACAUUGUACCACAUGGAACACGACCCAGAACUCUCCAGAAUGUUGGGGCAACAACCCUGAGAGAACUCUCCAGAACAUUCUGUUAAUGUUUGAAGUCAGAGAACCCAUGUACUGGACUAGCCAAUGAGAGGGCCAGGACUGUGCGUGUGUUCAGAACUGCAUGCACUAGGUAUAGCCCUAGCCAUAGCACGGGGACCUGGGAGUAACUGUUUCCUGUUGAAUGUAGCUAUGGUUGUUUAGGUGCAGUGUAUGCUGUUAAAGCUACAGUCUGGGAUGAAAACCAAAAGCAAAAUGGCAGGCCCGCCACUUGUUUUGGUAAACAGCUGAGGGAAUGGGCUAAGUAAUUCAUCUCAAAUUCUUUACUACUAUGGAUCCAUUUUCCACUUGAGAGCAGAGCUGUAGCGGGUGAUGUAGUCUCGUCUUGUCUUCUCCACCCAGCCUGACCAAAGGGCCAGCAACCAGAUUGACUGAGAGAGGGGAAAAUAUGUUGGACACAUUCAAACAACGCUGUCACACGCGCUCACACACUCGCACACCCUCUCAUUGACAAGACCCUCUAUCCUCCUGCUCGCCUGCCAGUUGACAUCCCCUCUAUUAAUUUGGACCCUGUUCUGCUUUCUCAGUCAACCCCUCUCCAGCCCCUUCACCCCCCCCAACCCUCACCCAUCUAAGAGAUUGAACCACACCACCACCCCACUCACCUCUCCACACUACUAUCAAACCUCUUGGUCAUUGAUCCCCCUCACAGACACACACACACACACUUCUCCUCUCCUCCAUUGAGCGGCCCCCAUCAUCAGCUCUUCCUGGGGCCCUUCAGAGUAGCAUCUCCCCUUUCUCUCUGGGGGUCUGCGGGGUCUUUGUCCACACACCGGCCCACUGCUUCACAAUGACUCUCCACUCUAUUAAGGUGCGUUCUGCCUGUUAGUGUCGCCAGGGGCAACCGGCCUCCCGCAUGGCAGCUAUGCAGCACGGCAUUGUGGGCCGGCAGGCCCGAGCGGAGCAGUUGAACCCAGUACUCCUCACACUUGACACCGCAUGUGUUUAUCUAAAGGGGGGCCAUUGUGAUGUUUGGAUGGGGGGGUAGUAAAGGACGAAAAAUGGUGGGUAGAAAGAGCGGGAUAGAGGAGGAGGGGGGUGAUACAUAUUCAACAGUUCAGCUCCUCAGAAGGAGUUGCCUACCCUACCCCCCUCUCCUCUCCCUCUCUCCCCCACCCCUCCUAUGUCCUCUCUCCCCCACCCCUCCUAUGUCCUCUCUCCCACCCCUCCUAUGUCCUCUCUCUCCAUGCCAGAAAGCAGAUGGAAUGUGAGUGCUCAGGGAGGAGGUUCCAGCCUUGUUUCAUCCAAUUAGCAGGCUUGUCAAAUGAAUUUAUCCUGGGAGGCAGGGGGACAAUAGGGGGGAACUAAGGAACCCUGCCUGCACCAGCGUCACAAUGAGGCUUUAUCAACUUACUCCUAAUACCUCUCACCAUGUCAUACUACUAAACCACAUACAUCAACAUCCAAGACUCAUACAUACUGUUUGCCAUCUCCCCAUCUCAUACAAGAGCAAACAACAUACUCAUACGCCCAUACUCAGUCGUACACAUACACACGCAUACCGAUACACACAUUAUAGACCAGCCCAACCACACACACAUACUCACAACUCAUGGGUAUAGACACACACACAAACUACUGCAGCAUAGCCACAGGAAGUAGUGGUGCUGAGGGUGCUGCAGCACCUCCUGAUAAAGCAUUUUAUUUUAUUACAUUUUUUAUAAAUAAAAUAGUAAUUCUACAACAUUUGAUCUAGGCCUUUAUUACUCCUGUAUGAGUGGAGAAAAAUACUCUGUGUGUCUCUGUCCUUAAUCAGAGGAGCUGUCUCUCUGUGUGUCUCUGGUCUUCAUCAACCUCCCUCUGCUCUGUGUGUGUGAGACUUUCUCUCUCGCUGUCUCUGCUGGAAUGGAUGGAUGGAAAAAGUUGUGUUGAGGCCAGCUUGUCAUCACGAGGCAGGGUAUCUGCUAAGCAAAUCCAGUCUGAUUAAUGGAUCUAGAAGAGACAGAGCCAGAGAGGAGGCUGCGUUUAGGGAGGCUUGAUGUGGGAGAGGUUCUCAUGAAAUAAGAAGAGUGUUUGUAAAGCCAUGAUAAAGCAUGUGAAACAGUAGUGUGUGUGUGUGUGUGUGUUAGUUUUGUUAGUCUGUAGUGGACAUGUUGUUGCUGUGUGUGUCUUUCUACUUCCUAUUUUGUCUGUGUGUUUUUGAGGAUUCGUAGCUCUCCCCCGUUGGGAUCCACAGGUGGUUGGUUCACUAGAUGAGACGGGUGUGUCUCUUUCCGUCCUGUGUGUGUGUGUGUGCGUGCGUGCGCGCGCGCAUGGCAGCUGCUCUUCUCUCCUGAAGUCAACAGUCUUAGCCGUGUGCUGGCUCUUCUAGGUUAGUAGUAACAGUGGUUGGUGGUACCUAGAACCACUACUAUUUUAGUCCCACUUUGCUAUUUAUCCCACUUCACUAUUUAUCCCAUAGCUAGUAUACACUGUAUUUGUUUCCAGUUACUGUGUAGCCUAGCUAUGUCCAUCAGUUACUGUGUAGCCUAGCUAUGUCCAUCAGUUACUGUGUAGCCUAGCUAUGUCCAUCAGUUACUGUGUAGCCUAGCUAUGUCCAUCAGUUACUGUGUAGCCUAGCUACAGUGAGGGGGAAAAGUAUUUGAUCCCCUGCUGAUUUUGUACGUUUGCCCACUGACAAAGACAUGAUCAGUCUAUAAUUUUAAUGGUAGGUUUAUUUGAACAGUGAGAGACAGAAUAACAAAAAAAAAAUCCAUCUGACCACAACACUUUCACCCAGUUCUCCUCUGAAUCAUUCAGAUGUUCAUUGGCAAACUUCAGACGGCCCUGUAUAUGUGUGUUCUUGAGCAGGGGGACCUUGCGGGCGCUGCAGGAUUUCAGUCCUUCACGGCGUAGUGUGUUACCAAUUGUUUUCUUGGUGACUAUGGUCCCAGCUGCCUUGAGAUCAUUGACAAGAUCCUCCCGUGUAGUUCUGGGCUGAUUCCUCACUGUUCUCAUGAUCAUUGCAACUCCACGAGGUGAGAUCUUGCAUGGAGCCCCAGGCCGAGGGGGAUUGACAGUUCUUUUGUGUUUCUUCCAUUUGCGAAUAAUUGCACCAACUGUUGUCACCUUCUCACCAAGCUGCUUGGUGAUGGUCUUGUAGCCCAUUCCAGCCUUGUGUAGGUCUACAAUCUUGUCCCUGACAUCCUUGGAGAGCUCUUUGGUCUUGGCCAUGGUGGAGAGUUUGGAAUCUGAUUGAUUGAUUGCUUCUGUGGACAUUUAUACAGGUAACAAACUGAGAUUAGGAGCACUCCCUUUAAGUGUGCUCCUAAUCUCAGCUCGUUACCUGUAUAAAAGACACCUGGGAGCCAGAAAUCUUUCUGAGAGGGGGUGAAAUACUUAUUUCCCUCAUUAAAAUGCAAAUCAAUUUAUAACAUUUUUGACAUGCGUUUUUCUGGUUUUUGUUGUUGUUAUUCUGUCUCUCACUGUUCAAAUAAACCUACCAUUAAAAUUAUAGACUAAUCAUUUAUUUGUCAGUGGGCAAAUGUACAAAGUCAGCAGGGGAUCAAAUACUUUUUUCCCUCACUGUAUGUCCAUCAGUUACUGUGUAGCCUAGCUAUAUCCAUCAGUUACUGUGUAGCCUAGCUAUGUCCAUCAGUUACUGUGUAGCCUAGCUAUGUCCAUCAGUUACUGUGUAGCCUAGCUAUGUCCAUCAGUUACUGUGUAGCCUAGCUAUAUCCAUCAGUUACUGUGUAGCCUAGCUAUGUCCAUCUGGUUAUGAUCUUAGUCUUAGUUAGCCAGAGCCAGUUUUAGUUGUCUUGACCCGGCGUGUGCGUGUGUGUGUUUGGUAGGAAGCUCUUGAUGUGUCCAGACUUGGUGUUAAAGUACAUGUUCCAGUAUGUUCCAGACAGAGCUUGUGAUCCAUCCAGCCCAUUUAGAUGGAAGAGAGGAGGGAAAGAAGGCCAGGGGAUUCUGGGUAGAGAGAGAAGGGUAAGAGAUGUAUCGAGAAUGGAAGAGUUGGUUUGUAUAUGAGAAAGGUUCCAACAUUUAGUAAUAGUGAAGAACUAUAGCUGAUUUUUUGCUUAGAACCCUGUGCCCACCAACCACUCUCUCUCCUCUGUUCAGCUCUGCCCCUGCGUGUGAGUGCGCUACUCUUGGAGGGAGAGGGAGGGAGGGAGAGAGAGGGAGAGAGAGUUCUCCCCAUACCCCCCAAUUCUGGGAGCUGUGUGGACCACCCUCCUCAUCCUGACGGGAAGUUGUUAGUUUAACCUGACAGGGAAGAAUUUGGGAAACUUGGCAGAGAGCCACGAGGGAGAGAGAAAAGCUACCCGCUCUGCAUUAACUGUUAAUAACCUGACCAUUACCGGACCCCCUCGCUCUUUUUUCUCUCUUGCCUUAUUUCUCCCUUACACACAAUCUACACUCUCAUAUCCAUAUGCGCUCAUACACAGACAGACACACACACUUCUGCGCUACUAGUAUUUCCCCCUUCCUCUCCUCCCUGUAGUCAGUUGUUCUUUGUGCUGGGUGGUGAAUACAGGCCCUGUGUCCUGGACCUCUCCCUGGACCUCUACCUGUAUCAGUUACACCUGAAUUGGGGGAGAGUCACAGAAUGAUGAAGGGAGAGGCUGAUGGGUGCGGGAGGACAGGGAUGGGGGCUGAUGGAAAAUAAAGGGUUUGUUUGUGUCUGGGCUGGAGUUGUAUUUCUGAGGGCUGGGCCUCUGCUGUGAGCAGGACCCUCACCUGGUCUCUACCUUUCAGUGGGGUGUUUGUAUGUGUCGGAGUGUUUUUCCAAUGUGUGUGUGUGUACAUUUCCGCUGUGUGUGUGGUGCAUGUAUAUGUAACUGUAUGUGGAGGUUUGUUUAUGACGUUGCCAUGGGAUUUGUCAGUGGUAUUAUAGUUAGUGGUUGUUGGUUUAGUGACAAAGUGUGUGUGUGUGUGUGGGGGAAUGAGUGGAUUCACAUUGUUUGUUAUGAGUGUCAUGAAUCUGUAUGACAUCUGACCCUCUCUCUCUCUCUCUCUAUCAGGGAGUAGUGUAUGGAAGAUGUCUGGAACAUUAGACUGGACUCCGUGGAUGAAAAAGCGACGGGCACGAGUGCUGUGUGCUCUGGGUGCAGUGCUACUGUGCUGCCUACAGGGCGGCGCCACUGGAAAUGGUGCCACUGGUGAGUAGAGCACUGGUCAUGUCACAGCAUCCCAACAGUGAACCAGGAAUUGUCAUAGAUCCCUGUUGUCUCAUACAUGUUAGUAUCUCUAUCCCAAUUAAUGUCUUAUUAAUGAUGGGAGGUUUACGCCAAGUUGUUUUGCAGAAAUCAGAAGUAAGAAUUCAAUCCAAUGUAGGUAGAAGGAGAAUAAGCUAUCUUCACAGUUUGUUUGUGUCUUAAAUAUGUGUAUGGCAGUGUGACUUAACACACCCUCUCUCCCCAUCUCUCUCCCAUCCCUCCAUCUCUCUCCCAUCCCUCCAUCUCUCUCCCAUCCCUCUCUCCCUCUCUCCUAUCCCUCCCUCUCUCCCAUCCAUCCCUCCCUCUCUCCCAUCCAUCCCUCCCUCUCUCCCAUCCAUCCCUCCCUCUCUCCCAUCCAUCCCUCCCUCUCUCCCAUCCAUCCCUCCCUCUCUCUCUCCCAUCCCUCUCUCCCUCUCUCCUAUCCCUCCCUCUCUCCCAUCCAUCCCUCCCUCUCUCCCAUCCAUCCCUCCCUCUCUCCCAUCCAUCCCUCCCUCUCUCUCUCCCAUCCCUCCCUCUCUCUCCUAUCCUCCCUCUCUCCUAUCCCCCUCUCUCCUAUCCCUCCCUCUCUCCUAUCCCUCCCUCUCUCCUAUCCCUCCCUCUCUCCUAUCCCUCCCUCCUCUCCUCAUCCCUCCCUCUCCUCACUCCCAUCCCUCCCUCUCUCUCAUCCCACCUCCCCUCUCUCCCAUCCCUCCCUCUCUCUCCCAUCCCUCCCUCUCUCUCCUAUCCCUCCCUCUCUCCCCUUCCUCCCCCCUCUCUCCCAUUCCUCCCUCUCUCUCCCAUCCCUCCAUCUCCCCCUCCCCUCCCUCUCUCCCUCUCUCCUAUCCCUCCCUCUCCCCCCAUCCAUCCCUCCCUCUCUCUCCCAUCCCUCCCUCCCCCUCUCUCCCUCCCUCCCUCCCUCCCUCCCCCUCCAUCCCUCCCUCUCUCCCACCUCCCCUCCCUCUCCUCCCCAUCCAUCCCUCCCUCCUCCCCUCCCCAAUCCCUCUCCCCUCUCUCCUUCCCUCCCCUCCUCUCUCCCUCCUCCCUCCCUCUCUCCCCUCCUCCCUCCCUCCUCUCUCCCAUCCACCCCUCCCUCUCUCUCUCCCACCCCCCUCUCUCUCCUCCCUCCCCUCCCUCCUUCCCCCCCUCUCUCCCUUCCCCCCUCUCUCCUAUCCCUCCCUCUCCCUAUCCCCCCCCCUCUUUCCCUUCCCCCUCCUAUCCCUCCCUCUCUCUCCCAUCCUCCCCUCUCCCCUCCCUCCCCUCUCUCCCCUCCUCCCAUCUCCGCCCUCCCUCUUCUCCCAUCCCCCUCCUCUCUCUCUCCCCUCCCUCCCUCUCUCCCCUUCCCUCCCUCUUCUCCCCUUCCUCCCUCUCUCUCCUAUUUCCCCCUCCUUUCCCAUCCCUCCCUCUCUCCUAUCCCCCCCUCUCCUCCCAUCCCUCCCCCUCUCCCCAUCCCCCCCUCUCUCUCCCUUUCCCCCUCUCUCCCCCCUCCCCUCCUUUCCCCUCCCCUUCCCCCUCUCCUCCUCCCUCCCUCCCUCCUUUUCCCCCCUCCCCCUCCCCCUUUUCCCCCCUCCCCCUCCCUCCCUCUUCCCCCCCAAACCCUCCCCCUCUCUCUUCUCCUCCCCCCCCCCUCUUCCCAUUCCUCCCCCUCUCUCCCCCUCCCCCUUUCCCCCCUCUCCUCCCAUCCCUCCCCCUCCCCCUCCCCCCCCUCCCUUUUCCCAUCCCUCCCUCUUUUCCCAAACCCUCCCUCUCCCCUCCCAUCCCUCCCUCCCCUCUCCCCUCCCUCCCUCUCUCCCUCCCAAAACCCUCCCCUCUCCUCCCCUCCCUCCCUCUCUCUCCCUCCCUUCCCUCCCUCCCUCCCCGAAAAACCCCCCCCCCUCUCUCUCUCCCAUCCCUUCCCUCUCCUCUCUUUUCCCUCCCCCUCCCCCCUCUCUCUCCCCUCCCGCCCCCUCUCCCCUUUCCCCCCCCCCUCCCCCCUCUCCCCCCAUUUCCCGCCCUCUCUCCUUUCCCCUUCCCCUCCCCCCUCUCCUCCCCCCCUCCCCCCCUUUCCCCGCCCUCCUCUCGCUCCCCUUUCCCCCCUCCCUCUCUUUUUCCUAUUCCCUCCCCCUCUUUUCCCAUCCCUCUCCUCUCCCCUUUCCCUCCCCUCCCCUCUCUCUUCCCUCCCCCUUUCCCCCCCCUCUCUCCCCCAUCCUUCCCUUUUCCCCCUCCCAUCCCUCUCCUCUCCCAGAUGAAGUGCCAGUGUUCACAGAGGAGCCUCUGUCGGUGGUGCAGAAGUUAGGUGGUAGCGUGACCCUGAGGUGCAGUGCCCGACCCCCCUCGGCCAACAUCAGCUGGCGGUUGAACGGGCGCGAGCUGGUUCCUGGGGCUGAUGGGGACCUGGGGGUGGUACUGGAACCUGGCACGCUGCUCAUCCCAGCCCUCACCAACCUCACUCUGGGCAGGUACCAGUGUGUGGCCAGCACCAAAGCAGGGGGCCUGGCCAGUGUGCCCGCCAACGUCACCGCUGCCAGUGAGUAGCUGUUUAUGCAUUUCUGGUUUAUUUGAAUAGCGACAUAAACAAUAACACAUUGAAUAAACAAUAAUCUGAUCCCUAGGUUGCGCCACUGUGUGAAUAAUUGUACACGUUUUCAACACCCGUUCAUGGAUGGGUACACACACAUUACACUUGAGUCUGGUAGUGUUCUGUAAAUGUUUCUUUCUUCUUCAUUUUAGGCCUUUUGGAAAAACACAGCAUCAAUUUCAAUUAUCACACUGAGCAUAUAAUGUAUCAUAGAAACUAUCAGUCAUAAUAAAACAGACUGUUUAGGAAAGAACAUUGUGUUGCAAAGUGUGUAACUGUAGGUUAGCCAGCAGGCCCUUUGUAAGGGCAGAGAAGGGGAUGUAGUGUCAUCUGACUCCAUAGUAUGGAGAAGUGAUUCAUAAUGGUGUGUAGCUGUGUAGUGUAGUGCUUGGUCAUCUAGUGGUGUGUGUAGUGUAGUGAUUGGUCAUCUAGUGGUGUGUAGUGUAGUGCUUGGUCAUCUAGUGUAGUGUAGUGCUUGGUCAUCUAGUGUAGUGUAGUGAUUGGUCAUCUAGUGGUGUGUAGUGUAGUGCUUGGUCAUCUAGUGUAGUGUAGUGCUUGGUCAUCUAGUGGUGUGUAGUGUAGUGUAGUGCUUGGUCAUCUAGUGGUGUGUAGUGUAGUGCUUGGUCAUCUAGUGGUGUGUAUUGUAGUGCUUGGUCAUCUAGUGGUGUGUAGUGCUUGGUCAUCUAGUGUAGUGCUUGGUCAUCUAGUGGUGUGUAGUGUAGUGCUUGGUCAUCUAGUGGUGUGUAGUGUAGUGCUUGGUCAUCUAGUGGUGUGUAGUGUAGUGUAGUGCUUGGUCAUCUAGUGUAGUGUAGUGCUUGGUCAUCUAGUGGUGUGUAGUGUAGUGUAGUGCUUGGUCAUCUAGUGGUGUGUGUAGUGUAGUGCUUGGUCAUCUAGUGUAGUGUAGUGCUUGGUCAUCUAGUGUAGUGUAGUGCUUGGUCAUCUAGUGUAGUGUAGUGCUUGGUCAUCUAGUGGUGUGUAGUGUAGUGCUUGGUCAUCUAGUGUAGUGUAGUGCUUGGUCAUCUAGUGGUGUGUAGUGUAGUGCUUGGUCAUCUAGUGGUGUGUAUUGUAGUGCUUGGUCAUCUAGUGGUGUGUAUUGUAGUGCUUGGUCAUCUAGUGUAGUGUAGUGUAGUGCUUGGUCAUCUAGUGGUGUGUAGUGUAGUGUAGUGUAGUGUAGUGUAGUGCUUGGUCAUCUAGUGGUGUGUAGUAGUGUAAUGUUGUGGUACUAUAAUGGUAGAAAAGUGGUAGUGUCUGUGAGGGGACUGAGAGGGGGUCUGCCUGGAGGAGUGUAAUGUGACCCUGAAGCCAGGUGGUGGGGCCAGGCCAGGGGAGGGGAGGGAAGGGGACCCUGGGGUCGCUGUGAAUGGGGCCUCCUCCCUGUCUCUCAACUCUUCUCCCCAGCUCCCCACGACUCCACGACUCCACCACCCCACCAAGGGGCCAGGGUUCCGGUCUAGAGGCACGGUUUCGACUGCUCCUACAGUCUUGCUUUGGUACUGCAGUUUAACUGAUGCCCGGCCCAGAAAGACCAUUUCCAUAGACGGCCACAUAGAGAAGUCAGAUUUUUAAAUUCUUAACAAGACACUUUAGUCAUCACCUUUGUGCACAAAACAUCCAUUGAAUUAUUCAAAUAAUUGUUGCUGACUCACCGCCGAAGAUAUGAACAUUUUAUAUUCAUCCAAUGUCUGCCAUGUUUUUGGAUGACGUGAUGACGUCGUCGCUGCACAUGUGAAGUUGGGCCGUGUAAACCGGAAGCAACCCAGAUAUAGACGGUCCAUGAAUCGCCGUAUGCGAACGUGUGUAGAUUACGUUGAAAACAAAGGUCGGACAUCUUGGACACAGUCUCUAGGUCUUUUAUUCCUCAGUGCUCCCCACCUCCCCUCUCCCCACCACACCACACCACAUUCCUCUGACUGGUGAGUUAUGGCUCUGUAAUUUGGAGAGGGGGCUGCUUUUUUGUGAGGGGGAAAAUAAUGGUGUGUGAGAGAGAGAUUGAGAGACUGACAAGAAUAUAGAAAGGGUAACAAUAAGAGAGAGAGAGGGAGAUGCUUUGUUGUGUGAGGGUGUGUGAGGGUGUGUUAGGCCUGUGUUUGUAACUGUGUGUGAUGUUUUGUGAGGAUGUGAGGUUGUCUUUGGUGUUUUGUAAGUGGGUGUCGUGUUUUGUGACUGUGUGUGUAGUGUUUUUUAGAGUGUGUGUGUGUGUGUAGUGUUUUUUAGAGUUUGUGUGUGUAGUGUUUUUUAGAGUGUGUGUGUAGUGUUUUUAGUGUGUGUAGUGUUUUUAGAGUGUGUGUGAGCUGUGUUGAGAAACAGGAGGUGUUUUUAGGCCAGUUGAGACAGGAUCCCCUCACAAGAUGAGACAGGAUCCCCUCACAAGAUGAGACAUGAUGUCACAGUCUCCAGUCUCCCCCUCUCGACCUCACUCACCCCUACUCACAUUCUCUCUCUCUUCAUCCUCUCAUUCUCUUUCCCCCCUCUUUCUGUCACUCACUUCUCACUUUCCCUCAUUCCCUCUGUUAUUUUCUCUUUUGUCUUUCUCAUUCCUGCUGUCUCAGUGUGUGUCUCAGUGUGUGUCUCAGUGUGUGUCUCAGUGUGUGUCUCAGUGUGUGUCUCAGUGUGUGUCUCAGUGUGUGUCUCAGUGUGUGUCUCAGUGUGUGUGUGUGAAUGUGCUAAGUUGUGUGUUUGACUAUGUAUUUGUGUGUGUGGGACUUCAUGCUUAAACUUCCUCCGUGCAACAUUGAUGAAUGUGUAUAGUGUGAGUCACAACGAAAUAUGUUAAUGUAGAGCCAGACAGACAGACGCUGUCUUUUUUUGUGUAUGUGCACUCUGUGUGUGUAUGCACUGUUCGAGUGUGUGUGUGUGUAUGCACUUCGAGUGUGUGUGUAUGCACUGUUCGAGUGUGUAUAUUACCGCAUAUGUGUAGGAAGGAAAACUCAUGGCUCCAUCCUUGCGGUCCAUAGCUCUUAUCCUCCUGGUCUAGUGUGUGUUUGCCCCCACCCCCCCCAUCUGAUUCUGAAGAAUCUUUCUGAGCUCUCUCCCACUGGGACCAAGCUGUUUUCACAUUAUUUAAAACUCCCUGCUUGAAUUCCUUUGUAGACAACCAACCGCCCGCUUACAGACAGACAGACGGAGAGGCCCCCAGAACACACAGCCAUGCUGUGUUGUCUUAGGUCUCUCUUUAUGUAGUGUUGUGGUGUCUCUCUAUAUGUAGUGUUGUGGUGUCUCUCUUUAUGUAGUGUUGUGGUCUCACUCUUUAUGUAGUGUUGUGGCGUCUCUCUUUAUGUAGUGUUGUGGUCUCUCUAUGUAGUGUUGUGGUCUCUCUUUAUGUAGUGUCUCUUCAUGUAGUGUUGCGGUGUCUCUAUGUAGUGUUGUGGUCUCUCUCUUUAUGUAGUGUUGGGGUCUCUCUAUAUGUAGUGUUGUGGUGUCUCUCUUUAUGUAGUGUUGUGGUGUCUCUCUAUAUGUAGUGUUGUGGUGUCUCUCUAUAUGUAGUGUUGUGGUGUCUCUCUAUAUGUAGUGUUGUGGUGUCUCUCUAUAUGUAGUGUUGUGGUCUCUCUCUAUGUGUAGUGUUGUGGUGUCUCUCUAUAUGUAGUGUUGUGGUGUCUCUCUAUAUGUAGUGUUGUGGUGUCUCUCUAUAUGUAGUGUUGUGGUCUCUCUCUUUAUGUAGUGUUGUGGUCUCUCUUUCUGUAGUGUUGUGGUGUCUCUCUAUAUGUAGUGUCUCUAUAUGUAGUGUCUCUCUAUAUGUAGUGUUGUGGUGUCUCUCUAUAUGUAGUGUUGUGGUGUCUCUCUAUAUGUAGUGUCUCUUUAUGUAGUGUUGUAGUGUCUCUUUAUGUAGUGUUGUGGUGUCUCUCUUUAUGUAGUGUCUCUUUAUGUAGUGUUGUAGUGUCUCUUUAUGUAGUGUUGUGGUGUCUCUUUAUGUAGUGUUGUAGUGUCUCUUUAUGUAGUGUUGUGGUGUCUCUCUAUAUGUUGUGGUGUCUCUCUAUAUGUUGUGGUGUCUCUAUGUAUUGUUGUGGUGUCUCUCUGUAGUGUUAUGGUGUCUCUCUAUGUAGUGUUGUGGUGUCUCUCUUUUAUGUAGUGUUGUCGUCUCUCUCUUUAUGUAGUGUUGUGGUGUCUCUCUAUGUAGUGUUGUGGUGUCUCUCUAUAUGUAGUGUUGUGGUCUCUCUUUAUGUAGUGUUGUGGUGUUUUGUCCUACUUUUAUUUAUUUUUCAGUUAAAUCAAGGUUAAAUAAAAUAAAACAUCUACACACACACACACACACGGUAAAGUACUUGCUCACAAAUACACACAUUGGUAAAAACAUGCAUACAUAAACUGUCUGUAACAGUAACACAGUGUUCCUACUGCCCCCCUACCUCUGUACAUAAAGAUGAAGUAUGCAGAGUCUGUCUUAAAGUAUUUAAACCGGCAUUGCCAAGCGGUCCUGGAGCAGUCCAGCUCCGCUUUAUAAAUACCAUCAAUCCUGCUAGACCAGCAUCCCACUCACACAGGGACAGCAGUACACAUGCACGCGCAAGCGGGAACACACACAAUCUUGCAUACAUAUACAGGAGGAGUACAGACACAUGAACACACCCAAACAGGAUCCCAUACAAACAGACACACAUGCAUGUGAACACACUUAACCCAAACAAACAUACAUACAUGUGAACACACUUAACCCAAACACACAUGCAUGUGAACACACUUAACCCAAACAAACACACAUACAUGUGAACACAUUUAACCCAAACAAACACACUUAACCCAAACAAAUGACUGUGCUGUCACUGCACUCACACACAUUCUCUCUGACACUGAGCACCAACACACCUUAGGGUCACGCAACAACACACGUUAUUCCUAUAUAGUUGUUCUACAGUUGUUCCUAUAUAGUAGUUCUACUGGUAUUCCUAUAUAGUUGUUCUACAGUUAUUCCUAUAUAGUAGUUCUACUGGUAUUCCUAUAUAGUUGUUCUACAGUUGUUCCUAUAUAGUAGUUCUACUGGUAUUCCUAUAUAGUUGUUCUACAGUUAUUCCUAUAUAGUAGUUCUACUGGUAUUCCUAUAUAGUUGUUCUACAGUUGUUCCUAUAUAGUAGUUCUACUGGUAUUCCUAUAUAGUUGUUCUACAGUUAUUCCUAUAUAGUAGUUCUACUGGUAUUCCUAUAUAGUUGUUCUACAGUUGUUCCUAUAUAGUAGUUCUACUGGUAUUCCUAUAUAGUUGUUCUACAGUUAUUCCUAUAUAGUAGUUCUACUGGUAUUCCUAUAUAGUUGUUCUACAGUUAUUCCUAUAUAGUAGUUCUACUGGUAUUCCUAUAUAGUAGUUCUACUGGUAUUCCUAUAUAGUAGUUCUACUGGUAUUCCUAUAUAGUUGUUCUACAGUUAUUCCUAUAUAGUAGUUCUACUGGUAUUCCUAUAUAGUUGUUCUACAGUUAUUCCUAUAUAGUAGUUCUACUGGUAUUCCUAUAUAGUUGUUCUACAGUUAUUCCUAUAUAGUAGUUCUACUGGUAUUCCUAUAUAGUAGUUCUACUGGUAUUCCUAUAUAGUUGUUCUACAGUUAUUCCUAUAUAGUAGUUCUACUGGUAUUCCUAUAUAGUUGUUCUACAGUUAUUCCUAUAUAGUAGUUCUACUGGUAUUCCUAUAUAGUAGUUCUACUGGUAUUCAAAUAUAGUUGUUCUACAGUUAUUCCUAUAUAGUAGUUCUACUGGUAUUCCUAUAUAGUUGUUCUACAGUUAUUCCUAUAUAGUAGUUCUACUGGUAUUCCUAUAUAGUAGUUCUACUGGUAUUCCUAUAUAGUUGUUCUACAGUUAUUCCUAUAUAGUAGUUCUACUGGUAUUCCUAUAUAGUAGUUCUACUGGUAUUCCUAUAUAGUUGUUCUACAGUUAUUCCUAUAUAGUAGUUCUACUGGUAUUCCUAUAUAGUAGUUCUACUGGUAUUCCUAUAUAGUUGUUCUACAGUUAUUCCUAUAUAGUAGUUCUACUGGUAUUCCUAUACUCUGUCACUUACACAUUCUGUCUGUUUCUCUUUCUUUGUCUUUUUUUUCUUUCAGCCACUUACCUGAGAGGCACAUAGGGGGCUUUUCAGUGGAAGAAUGCAAGGGUAGAGGUGUGGGGAGGAGGGGGUUUAAGGUGUAGUUGGAGGAUUUUGGGAGAGGUGGGGGGAGUAGCUGUAAAAACAGGGCCUGAUUGAUUUAGCAAAUGGAGCAUCACACAGUGUCUCUUCCAGACACACACACACACACCCACACACACACACACACACACACACACACACACACACACACACACUACCCAGCAUGACAUGUCUUGUGUUUCUCAUCUCUCUUGGAAUAGGGGUUGGAAGGGGGUCGGAUGGAGGUGGGGUGGGGUGGGGUGGGGGGGGGGGGGGGGGGGGGCACCUGUCAAGGCCAACCCCUGUAGCUCCCCUCUCCCAUUAACACUUCCCCAGACAGCCCACACUGCCUGCACGGGGAAUAGAUCAGAUAUGAAAAAACAUCCCACACUGUCUGUCACCCACAGUAAAGGUGUAUGCUCAGCAUCUAUAGUGAAUCACUAUUGCGUUAGUACAUGCCUUAACUGUGGCCGUAACUAAACUCUGUUCAUAUACUUAGAAGUGUAUAUAACAGUAUCUGGUUGUCUAGUCAGUUAACUGUGUAUGAGUGCCUUGGUUAUGUCUGUUUUGCCAAAGAGUCGAGCAGUCCUAGAAUAACAACCAGCUGUGCACCUCUGAAAAUAAUGGAGUGCCGCCAUCUUUGUGAAACAGAAUAAAUCAACAGAGAGUGGUAGACAUUUAAUUAGGUUAGGGAGUUGUAUUUUUGUUUAAUUUCACUGCUGGACUCCCUGCCUCUAGCAUACACUACAGCUCUGAUCAUUUGUUAUGUUGAAUGUUCCCCCUUUCCCCCCUCCUUCUUUCGGGUUCUCUCUUUAUCUCUCUCACUCCCUUUUAAACGUUCUUUCUCUACCUCAUUUGUCUGUCUCUCUCUCUCUACCCCUCUCGCUCUCUCUACUCCCCCUUGCUCUCUGCUACCCCCUCACUCUCUCUGCUCCCCGCUUGCUCUCUCUACUCCCCCUCUCUCUCUCUGCUCCCUCCCCCCUCUCUCUCUCUGCUCCCUCCCCCUCUCUCUCUCUGCUCCCUCCCCCUCUCUCUCUCUGCUCCCUCCCCCCCCUCUCUCUCUCUCUGCUCCCUCCCCCCCUCUCUCUGCUCCCUCCCCCUCUCUCUCUGCUCCUCCCCCCCUCUCCUCCCCCCUCUCUCUCUUCUCCCUCCCCCUCUCUCUCUGCUCCUCCCCACCCUCUCUCAUCUCUUCUCCCCCCUCUCGCUCUCGUUCUGGCCCCCCCCCUCCCCCCCUCUCUCUCUCUUCUCUGCCCCCUCUCAUCUCUCUUCCCCUCUCGCCUCCCGAACCCCCCUCGCUCUCUCCUCUCCCCCUCUUCUUCUGCUCCUCACCUCUCUCUCUCUCUCCCUCCCUCCCUCUCUCUCUCCCCUCUGUCUCUCCUCCCCUCCCUCUCUCUCUCUGCUCCCCCCUCUCUCUCCCUCCCUACUCCCCCUCUCUCUCCCCUCUCUCCUCUCUACCCCUCUCUCACUACUCCCCCUCCCUCAUCUCUCUGUCCACCCCCUCUCUCUAGCUCUCCUCACCCCUCUCCUUGCCUCACCUCCCACCCUCUCUCCUCUACUCUCUCUCUCCUACUCUACCCCCUCUCUCUCUCCCCCCCUCUCUCUCUACUCCCCCCUCCUCUCUACCCCCCUCUCCUCUCUCCCUCCCUCUCGCUCUCUUCCCCACUCUCCGCUACUCCCCUCUCUCUCUCACUCUACUCCCCCUCCCCCUCUCUCUACUCUACUCGCCUCUACCCCUCUCUCUCUCUCUACUCCCCCCCUCUCUCUCUCUACUCCCCCUCUCCUCUUCUCUCUACUCCCUCUCGCUCUCUCUCUACCCCUCUCCUCUCUCACCCCCCCUCCUCUCUCCCCCCAAAACUUCAAUGCCCUUCACUCUACUCCCCCACUCAGUGUUCUAAAGUCUAGCAAUGCUAUUUCCUCCCAAUCCAAGCUGGUUGUUCUUUCCCUGAAACUCUAGAAGCAGGCCACCUCUCACCUCUAAACCCUGGUCCAGCCCCUGCGGCCCCCUCGGAGGGGGGUCAGGGGUCAGCCCAGUGUCUGUUCUGUGCAGACUGUGUGUCUGCAUGACAGAGUGGGAGCACAUGGACCUCCAGUAAUCCCUCUCCAGUUUCCCACAGUAACCAACCACUAACCAGGCAGGCCCUCAGUCUCUGUCCCACAGUAACCAACCACUAACCAGGCAGGCCCUCAGUCUCUGUCCCACAGUAACCAACCACUAACCAGGCAGGCCCUCAGUCUCUGUCCCACAGUAACCAACCACUAACCAGGCAGGCCCUCAGUCUCUGUCCCACAGUAACCAACCACUAACCAGGCAGGCCCUCAGUCUCUGUCCCACAGUAACCAACCACUAACCAGGCAGGCCCUCAGUCUCUGUCCCACAGUAACCAACCACUAACCAGGCAGGCCCUCAGUCUCUGUCCCACAGUAACCAACCACUAACCAGGCAGGCCCUCAGUCUCUGUCCCACAGUAACCAACCACUAACCAGGCAGGCCCUCAGUCUCUGUCCCACAGUAACCAACCACUAACCAGGCAGGCCCUCAGUCUCUGUCCCACAGUAACCAACCACUAACCAGGCAGGCCCUCAGUCUCUGUCCCACAGUCGGCCCUCUGCUCUGCUCUGACACACUGCUCUAUUCAUUGAAGGAGAAUUAAUCAAACGGUCUAGAAUGGUAAAGCCCGAUUUGACCACCGGACUGGUCAUUCUGUUUUGGAAUAUUGCCUUGAAUUGGAAUUCCAAUUUUUACUAGUUCCCAACUUUCCAUUCUGUAGUUCUUGUGUUGUCAUACUGUUCCAGAUUUAUGGACUACAGACUGAAGAGCUUACACAGGCUGGUUGGGUUGAGGAAGCAAAUGUGUGUAUAUUGCGCAAUUGUGUUUAUAGGAGAGCUUCUGUUGGUCUGUGGUGCUCUGACAUGGCUAGAGCUGCUCAAUGGUGAGAGUGUUUUGGUCCAUGUUUAUGUGUAUCUGUGUGUGUUAAUGUCUUUCCUGACCUCCUCCUUCCUCUCUCUCUGUGUACCUCAGAGCUGCGAGACUUUGAGCAAGACAACCAGCAGGACAUUGAGGUGGAUGAGGGGAACACGGCUGUGAUCCAGUGUCACCUCCCUGAGAGCCAGCCCAAGGCCCAGGUCCGCUACAGUGUCAAACAGGAGUGGCUCGAGACCUCCAAAGGUAUGGAUCUAUCAUUCUGUUACAGGCCUAUUCUCUCUACCUCUCUAGUUUGCAUUCUAUCCCUCUCUCUUUCUCUCUCUGUCCUUCUCAUUAGUAAUUUCUCUCUCUCUCUCGCUCUUUUACUAUCUCUUUCCAUGAAUUACUGGAAUGCUGUAUCUAUCCUGCUAUCUGGCCCAUCAUAAAACUGCAGAUAAGGCAGCGCUAUCUGGGGAAUGUUGAAACAUAGGAAUACUCUUGUUUGUUUUGCAACCAUUUAUUUCUUGAGUUCUUUGAGAAAAAAGGCCCACUCCUCUGUGGCUGGUAUAUAGAUGGCUAGGAGCUGUAGGUAGGGCUGCGUGGCUUAUCAGAGAGAGGGAAAUGAUAACCACAUUGAGGAGAGUUCACUGGCUGGCUCUCAGUAAAACUCCAGGGCUCCACCAUGUGGCUGGUGCUGAUAGUGCACUCUGCUGUUGAAAGAGACUGUUGUAGGCUAAAUGCUUAAGCCUGCUCAGGUUACUCAAGUUCCUAUUUUUCCCAAAAAACUGAUUUGGGACUUUAAAACUAUUUAUAUUAUAUAUAUGUCCAUGCCCAAGAAUAACAACCACAUAAUUGUCUCUCGGAUCACUUGUAAUGGCCAGUGCCAACCCAGCCUUAAUGAUUAAAGCCACCCCCCGUCUGUCUGUGUCAACAGGGAACUACCUGAUCAUGCCAUCAGGGAACCUGCAGAUAGCCAACGCCACUCUGGACGACGAGGGGCCUUACAAGUGUGCUGCCUACAACCCUGUCACACAGGAGGUCAAGACUUCCACCUCCACUGACCGCCUGCGCAUACGCCGUGAGUCAUCAUGACCAAACACUGACCGACCACGACUAAACACUCAUCAUGACCAAACACUGACCGACCACGUCUAAACACUCAUCAUGACCAAACACUGACCGACCACGACUAAACACUCAUCAUGACCAAACACUGACCGACCACGACUAAACACUCAUCAUGACCAAACACUGACCGACCACGACUAAACACUCAUCAUGACCAAACACUGACCGACCACGACUAAACACUCAUCAUGACCAAACACUGACCGACCACGACUAAACACUCAUCAUGACCAAACACUGACCGACCACGACUAAACACUCAUCAUGACCAAACACUGACCGACCACGACUAAACACUCAUCAUGAACAUGAUACAGCACACACACUUACCUCUGUACAUUUCUAAUUGACUAAGUCAUUUUGAUCAUUGCUGUAGGACGACCACAAUCCUCAGAUUUGUCUGAAGGUCCCCGGUACCUGUUUACAAAUAUGAUGGAAGUGUGUAUAGGGAUAGUUUAGUGCCUAAAAUAAGGGGAUCGUUUUUUUACUAUCUGUUCCAUGUAGUGAAUCUGUUAAUCAAUGCGUUUCUUUUGGCUAAUAGCAGUAAUGCCAAAUUAAAUGUUUCAUCCAAUAAUAAAAAUAAAUAAUAAAUGUGAUACCUUAAGGGGUCUUAAAAUUCGAAUGAUCCUUGGUGUGACCAUCUUAAAACAAUUCCAUAUGUUAUCUUAGAACCCCCCCAGACAUAUUGAGUUAUUUUAUUAGCUAUUUUGAUUUGUUUCUAAGAUUAUAACAAGGCCAGUGAGACGCUUCAUUGAAAAACAAUCCAUUGCGUAACACAGUUCCCCCCUCGCUCCCUCCUUCCAUCUCUCUCUAGGUUCGACGUCGGAGGCGGCCCGUAUCAUCUACCCCCCAGUGUCUCGCACCAUCAUGGUCACUAAGGGACAGCGUCUGGUCCUGGAGUGUGUGGCCAGCGGCAUCCCCACCCCGCAGGUCACAUGGGCCAAGGACGGUCAGGACCUGCGUUUCCAUAACAACACGCGCUUCCUGCUCAGCAACCUGCUGAUUGACGCGGCGGGCGAGGGCGACUCAGGGACGUACAUGUGUCACGCUGACAAUGGCAUCGGAUCAGAGAGCACCGCUACUGUGCUGUACGACGUGCAGGUGUUCGGUGAGUAGUGCCAACCUGUGUGUGAAGAAGAAGAACAAAUAUAUCCCCCAACUUUGGUCCUCACUUAUGGGUUCAGUAGGAUGAUACUAGGAUGGGUUCAGUAGGAUGAGAUGGGUUCAGUAGGAUGAGAUGGGUUCAGUAGGAUGAGAUGGGUUCAGUAGGAUGAGAUGGGUUCAGUAGGAUGAUAUGGGUUCAGUAGGAUGAUAUGGGUUCAGUAGGAUGAUACUAAGAUGGUUCAGUAGGAUGAUACUAAGAUGGUUCAGUAGGAUGAUAUGGGUUCAGUAGAAUGAUACUAGGAUGGGUUCAGUAGGAUGAUAUGGGUUCAGUAGGAUGAUACUAGGAUGGGUUCAGUAGGAUGAUAUGGGUUCAGUAGGAUGAUAUGGGUUCAGUAGGAUGAUACUAAGAUGGUUCAGUAGGAUGAUACUAAGAUGGUUCAGUAGGAUGAUAUGGGUUCAGUAGGAUGAUACUAAGAUGGUUCAGUAGGAUGAUAUGGGUUCAGUAUGAUGAUACUAGGAUGGGUUCAGUAGGAUGAUACUAGGAUGGGUUCAGUAGGAUGAUAUGGGUUCAGUAGGAUGAUAUGGGUUCAGUAGGAUGAUACUAAGAUGGUUCAGUAGGAUGAUAUGGGUUCAGUAGAAUGAUAUGGGUUCAGUAGAAUGAUAUGGGUUCAGUAGGAUGAUACUAGGAUGGGUUCAGUAGGAUGAUAUGGGUUCAGUAGGAUGAUACUAGGAUGGGUUCAGUAGGAUGGGUUCAGUAGGAUGAUAUGGGUUCAGUAGGAUGAUACUAGGAUGGAUUCAGUAGGAUGAUAUGGGUUCAGUAGGAUGAUACUAAGAUGGUUCAGUAGGAUGAUAUGGGUUCAGUAGGAUGAUAUGGGUUCAGUAGGAUGAUGUGGAUGAUACUAGGAUGGGUUCAGUAGGAUGAUACUAGGAUGGGUUCAGUAGGAUGCUUCUAGGAUGGGUUCAGUAGGAUGUUUCUAGGAUGGGUUCAGUAGGAUGAUACUAGGAUGGGUUCAGUAGGAUGAUACUAGGAUGGGUUCAGUAGGAUGAUACUAGGAUGGGUUCAGUAGGAUGAUACUAGGAUGGGUUCAGUAGGAUGAUACUAGGAUGGGUUCAGUAGGAUGAUACUAGGAUGGGUUCAGUAGGAUGAUACUAGGAUGGGUUCAGUAGGAUGCUUCUAGGAUGGGUUCAGUAGGAUGAUAUGGGUUCAGUAGGAUGAUAUUAGGAUGGGUUCAGUAGGAUGAUAUGGGUUCAGUAGGAUGAUAUUAGGAUGGGGUGUUAUGUAUGCAUGUAUGUUUUUGUUCCUCUAAAACAGUGGUUUUCAAACCUCUCCUCUGGGACCGCCAGACAUUUCACAAUUUUGUUGUAACUCUGAACUAGCUCACCUGAUUCACCUAUUCAAGGGCUUGAUGAUUAGUUGAGAAGUUGAAUCAGGUGUGCUAGCUCUGGAAUAGAUCACAUACAUGGAACGGCUGGGGUCCCCGAGGAGAGGUUUGAGAAACACUGUGCUAACACUCCUGUAUGAUAGGUACACAUAUUAAGAGUUCUGAAAGGAUUUGAAACGUAUGGAGUCGCUCCAUUUUAGGGGAUUUUCGUGAGGAGAGUUUUGUCUGCGUCAUGGACUUGAUGAUUAGACUAACUCACAUUUGGUGGAGCGAGAGAAUAGUGGGCGCUGUGUGUGUGGCAGAGCCCUGUUGGGAUAUAUAUAUAAAGGGUUAUUUAAGAGUGUGUGUGGAGACUGCUCUUAUAGCAUGACUUGAUUGAGCAGGACUGGGUUAUGGAUGACUGUUUUUACAGUGAUUUAGUGUGUGUUGUGGGCCCGUCUCUCAGCAGCAGGCCCUAAUUAAAGUGUGUGCUGCUGUAGCAUUAAUGAGCUCUUCACGACCAGCCAACCAUCAACUGAAUGGCCCGGCCUGUCUCUACACGGCACAGACACACACACACACACACACACACACACACAUGCUGGCACGCACACCCAUAUAGACAUACUUAAUCAAGCUCCCUCCCACUCAACCAACCAUCACUCACAUCCAGCCAUUACUCACAACCAACCAUCACUCACAACCAGCCAUUACUCAAGCUUAUAUGCUAGACAUGACCUUAGUGUACUCGCUCACUGACACACACACAGACUAACUCUCUCUCUCUCUCUCUCUCUCUCUAUCCCCCCCCUCCCUCUCCAUUGUCUCUCUGCAGAGCCUCCCCAGGUGACCAUGGAGCUCCAGCAGCAGGAGGUGUGGUGGGGGGAGAGUGUGGGCUUCAGCUGCCAGGCCAGAGGUAAACCCUCCCCCUCUGUGGUAUGGCUCCACAACGCCUGCCCCCUGGCCUCGUCACCACGCCACCGCCUGUCUGCCCGCGUGCUGCGUGUCAUCAAUGUGGGCCCGCAGGACGACGGCUUGUACCAGUGCAUGGCUGAGAACGGUGUAGGCAGCUCGCAGGCCGCCGCCAGGCUGGUCACCUUGCCAACCGGUGUUCCGUCACGGUCAGGGAAGCUGCCCUCGAUCCUGCGUCCACUGAGCCCAGACAAGGUGCUGCGGGAGCAGGCCCCAGUAAAGCCAUGGGCCACGGGUAGCGUGCUGACCCUGGACUGCUCUGAGCUGACUGGGCAGAUCUCUGUGGCAGAGGCCCCUGUCAUCCUCAGCCAGCCCAGGACCGUCAAGGCCGACUUCUAUGAUCUGACCUGGAAACCUCGCCACGAUGGAGGGGCUCCUGUGGUGGAGUACAUUGUCAAGUACAGAAAGGUACAGGCUAGUUAACUCAUGGACACAGACAUUUAUUCUACACACAAUGUUACGCUCAUUCAGUGUAGAUUAAUAUUUGUCGACAACUAAAGACACGACACAUUCUCACAUCAUCUUCACACACUAACUGAUGCCUCCUCUCUCUCUCUCUCUCACUCACACUCACACACACACACACAUACACACACACACACACACACACAGAUAGAGGACCCUCCAGGUGAGUGGACAAGCAGCAGUAUAUCUGGGUCUCUCCACAAGCUGACCCUGGCCAAGCUUCAGCCAGCCAGUCUGUACGAGGUGGAGAUGUCUGCUAAGAACUGUGCUGGCCUGGGACAACCUGCCAUGAUGACCUUCAGGACAGGCAAAGGUACAUUUAUGAAUCAAUCUAUUAAUUUAUUAAUAUAUUCAUCACCACUGUAUUUGUGUCUUUUUGCAAACUCUUGUUUUUCUGUGCCAACAGGUCGUAGGGGUCCAGGAGGUCAGAACGAGCUCCCUAAAACUCCUCCAGUACCAUCACCUCGCCUCUCUCGUAAGUCCCCGUCCCCCUCUCCUACUGUCACUCUAACUAACCAGUGUGGUUGUUACCUAGAUGGAGCACAGUUAGAUCUCUUUAUAACAUCCUAACAGAGCCUUUAUAAAACUGUUUGACUAACUGUUAACCCCCCCCACACACACUUUUCUACUCUGUACUAACAUGUGACCUGUCUUGAUCUCUCUUUCACGUUUAACACUCAAGGAUGAGCUCACAGUAAGUCUUUGUAAGUUUGUUACUGUACCUGCUUGUGUCUGCUUAUGUUUGGGCUUUUGUGUUUUUGACAGUGAGUCUGUCCUUGUGUGCCUUAAUAUGGAACAAUAUUAGAUUUGAUGUCCGUUUAACCCCUAUCACUUUUCCACAGCUCCUGAGGCCCCUGAUAAGCCCACCAUCUCCAUGGCGACUGAGACAUCGGCGUACGUGACAUGGAUCCCGCGCGGUAACCGUGGUUUCCCCAUCCAGUCGUUCAGGGUGGAGUUUAAGAAGCUGAAGGGGAAGGGAGGAGGGGAGUGGGAGGAGGCUGUCACUAACAUCCCCCCCCAACGACUGUCUGUGGAGAUCACUGGCCUGGAGAAAGGUGAGCUUCAUCACCAUCAUCAUCGUCGUUCCCAUCAUAAUGUUAUUCCUCAUUAUGACAAAUGGCGUCAUCAUCAUUAGCAUGACUCUCAUUAUCAUCGACAUUACACUAUCAGUCAUCAUCAUAAUCAUACCUAUUUUAAUAAUGACUGUAAUCAACAUGGUGACCAGAUGGCAACCAUUAGUGUGGAUGGAGAAAGAGAGAGGCACUGUAACUGGUGUUUGGUUAGUUUAACCCGUGUGUGCUUUCUGUUUCCCUGUAGGAAUGUCCUAUAAGUUUCGCGUGUUGGCGGUAAAUGUGAUCGGCGCCAGCCCACCCAGUGCCCCCUCUAAGGCCUACACGGUGGUGGGUGGCGGCAGGCCCAACGAACGCCCUGUAGACGGACCCUACAUCACUUAUAAUGAAGCCAUCAACGAGACCACCAUCAUUCUCAAAUGGACGGUGAGUGGAACAGUGUGUGUGUGUGUGUGUGUGUGUGUGUGUGUGUGUUAUCUUGAUAUAAGUAUGGCUAUAACGCUUGUUACUGUUGUUUUGCUAAUAUUAAACGUUUCAUAUUCUUUCUCUCCACAGUACACUGCUGUCAACAACACUCCUAUCUAUGGUUUCUACAUCUUCUACCGUCCGACAGACAGUGACAACGACAGUGACUAUAAGAAGGACGUGGUGGAAGGUGACCGCUACUGGCACUCUAUCACUGACCUGCAGCCUGAGACGGCCUACGACAUCAAGAUGCAGUGCUUCAACGAGGGAGGAGAGAGCGAGUUUGGCAACGUGGUCAUCUUAGAAACUAAAGGUAAGCACAUCUCAUAGUCAUCUCGGUCAAACGCUUACAUUUACAUUUACAUUUUAGUCAUUUAGCAGAAGCUCUUAUCCAGAGCGACUUACAGUUAGUGCAUUCAUCUUAAGACAGCCAGAUGGGACAACCACAUAUCACAGGCAUAGAAAUUUUAAAAAAUCUCAAUAACAAAGCUGUCAGUAGUCAGAGCUAGAAGGGGGGGGGGUCAAGUGCAAGUGCUGGUAAAGUUUUUUUUUAAUAUUUUUAUUUUGGGGGUCGAGGUGAGGUGGAGGAACACUAUAAUACGCUUGUUAAAAAGCACCAUACAUGGCCUAGGGUGGUCCAGCGGUCUAAGCCGUUGCCUCCAGAACACGGAUACUGCUGCAGCCAGAGGAGGCUGGUGGGAGGAGCUGUAGGAGGACGGGCUCAUUGUAAUGACUGGAAUGGUAUAAAUGGAACGGUAUCAAACAUAUGGAAACCACGUUUGACUCCGUUCUAUUCAUUCCAUUCCAGCCAUUACAAUGAGCCUGUCCUCCUACAGCUCCUCCCACCAGCCUCCUCUGGUUGUGCAUGGGUUUGAGUCCAGCUCACUGCAAUUUCAAAAACUCUAACUUUUCUCUCUUGCUAUCCUAUCCAAUAAACAACAAAAGUAUAAUUUUUCAUAUAAUUAAUUUGAUAGCCUGACUGUAAUAAAUGAUUUUAUAUCAAGUAAACAAACCCCUCUCUCCCCCCCAGCUCGUCUGAACCAGCGGCCCUCUCCGUCGGAGACGUCGUCCCAGAGACCAGAGCACCCCGGGGGGCCUGUGCCCCGACCCAGCGACCUCCCCUACCUAAUAGUGGGCGUGGUCCUGGGGGCCCUCGUCUUCAUCAUUGUAGCCUUCAUCCCCUUCUGCCUGUGGAGAGCCUGGGCCAAACAGAGUUAGUAGUGAUGAGGAUGAUGAUGAUGAUGAUGAUGAUGAUGAUGGUAGUAGUUGUUGGAUCAAUUACGAUUUCGGGCUGGAUUCAAUCCGUAUCGCCGAUGUAUUGCGGAAGAUCAGCAUUAAAAUGUAAAGGUAAUUUCCGAUUGAGCCGACAUAUGCAGCGUUUACCGUGAAUGUAGUCUCCGCGACCGCGGGAACUUUGCCUUUAAUUGUCAAUGGAGCUAUAAAGCGGGUCUUCAGCGCAACGGAUUGAAUAGAGCCCUUAGUCAUCACAAUUGGUGUGAUGAACAGUUGUCCAUCUGAAUUGAUCAAUCAGUAAUUUUGAAUUGACUAGUAAUUCAUAAUUCCCUUAAUUCUUCCCACAUAUCCACAUUUGUGUUGUGUGUCAGUCUUGUCCAUAUCUUACAACAGUGAUUGUGUUUUCUUCUAUCCAGAGCAAACAUCAGACCUGUGUUUCCCAGCCGUGGCGCACCCUGUCUCCUCAUGCCAGUAUACCAUGGUGCCCCUGCAGGGCCUGGCUCUGGUUGGCCACUGCCCGCUGGACCCCCACUUGCCCCCACCGCAAGCCGUCUACCCCCCAAACGGAGAGUACACGCCCAAUGGAAAACACCAUUACCCCACACACCGCCUGCCAAGACUACACCAGGUGAAUUCCAUCAACAUUGGGAAGUUUGUCAAGGUCAUGUCUUGUGCAUCAGCCCAAUAAAUCUCUGUUGGGAGCGUAUUAGCUUUGGGCACCUUAUUCAUUGUUUUUCAUGUGUAACAGAAGUAUAACCGAUGUCUCUUGUUCCUAUUGCAGGAGGAUGUGGAGUGUGAUAUGGAGUGUAACACGCUGCAGCCACAGACCAUGUCAAACGGACACGUCCCAGUCUACUACUACUCUAACAGGUAGGUACAGUACUGUUCUCACAUAUCCUCAAUUUCAGCCAGUCAGUCAUCCAGACAGUUAUUCAGUCCAUCUCUGUGUGUGGGUAUUACGUGUGUGUAUAUGUGUUCUCACCCAAACAUCUCUCUCUCUCAGUGAGCCUGGAAACGGAGAGGACUGCUGUCUGCCCGAUGACUCCACCCUCCAACUCCUCAACACCUCAGAACAGCCAGUCAUCACUCAGGACCUGACGGGGAACGCCCAUUUCUACAAUGGGGACAUCAAUCUAGGUACGUGUCCGUUCUCACAAAACUUUAACAUUAUGAAAACGUAUGCAUUCACCUCACACUUCAGCUAUGAAUGUGUGUAUGCCCACUGCAGAUGUCAAAUAACUUUAAAUAACCACGUAUUUUCUUCCCCUCUGUCUGUGUAGACCUCCUACCCUGCUCUCCCUCUCCUCUGCUAUCACUGGAGGAGGAGAACUCCACGGCGACAACAUCAACAGCUACAACGCCAGAAUCCCAAGAUGCACUUCAGCUCCAGAGUGAAACACCGCCGGGAGAAAAAGGGACAUCAGACGCUUGA